AUGACUUCCAUUCCACGGCGGAGCUUUCUUCCUACGCGGCCUCUCAACGACGCGCUCCCUGUCUCGCAGCCGGACUCCACACAGACGCUACGCCGAAGGCUCUCUUCGAUUUCCUUCAAGAUCCAGCCGAUUUCUUCGCCUGUUACUUCCUGGUCGUUUCAUAGAUCUAAAUCGGUGUCUUCUUUGCGCGAUCACACUGGCAAAUCGCUCCGGAAGUGGUGGGAUUGGGGAUGGUCCUGGAUCCUCUCUCGCAAGGCUGCCUUCGCUCGAGAUCUGGAAAUGAACGAUGAAGAAACAAAAUCUCUUAGAUCUAAUUGCAGAGGUAGUUUCAGACAUCUUUUCUAUAAGGUUAGGUCUGAGUUCCGCAAACUGAUUCGCUCCGAUCGCGUCGGUCUUCCUCAAACUUUCAAAUACGAUUCGGUUAAUUACUCGAAGAAUUUCGAUGACGGAAUUCAGACUUUUGUGUUGAAUAAUAUGCUCUGUUUCAAGCUAGAUUCAGGAAAACUACAAGGAUAUAGAAAAAGAAGCUUCCGAUUCCGCCAAUGGAGGCCUCUGAUUUUCGCUGUAAUUGUUGCCGCUAUUUUCUUCUCCAUUUGUGUUCUGAUAAACUUCCUUCGCUGUUUCUCUUCUCUCUUUUGGAAUUCUCCGAUUCCCUUCCUCUCCGGUGAGGCUCCGGCUGAGGAAACGGGAGAGUUUCGCAGUGUUAUCUGUCAGAACAGAGCCUUGACGUUCUCUGUCGUUUCUUCUCCGGGAAUUCUGCACCAUCGCUGCUUCUCUCACCUUCAAAAGCAGCGUGUUCUUCAUUGCAAUCGUCGUUCGUAUUCGAACAUCGGGAUAAAUGUCGCUCCGGCGGCCUCUUCCGUCGUCGCUAAAACUGCUCUAUCCGAUACUCACGUUCAAAGUCAGAGCUCCAGUUCUGUUCCUGGUAGUGGAUGGUCCGAUUUUGCCAAAAAUGUCUCUGGUGAGUGGGGUGGAUAUGGUGCGGAUUUUUCUUCUGAGGGAACGCCAAUUGAACUUCCAGAAUCCGCUGUUCCAGAUGCUUAUAGAGAAUGGGAGGUUAAGGUUUUCGACUGGCAGACUCAGUGCCCCACUCUUGCAGGACCAGAACAGCCCUCUUUCAUGUACAAGACAAUAAAACUACUCCCCACAGUGGGGUGUGAAGCCGAUGCUGCAACACGUUACAGCGUUGAUGAGAGAAAUUUCGGAAGUGGUGCAAAUGAAGAAGUAAAUGCAUUUGCAUAUCAACGUAGUGGAUGUUAUGUAGCUGUCCAGCCGAUUGAGGAUGGAAGUUCUAACAAGUUAUUGGAGUUGGAGCAUUGCCUGGUAAAUCCUCAAGAUCGUGAAUCUCGUGCGAGGAUUGUUCAGGUUGUUCGAGUUGAAGGCACACAGCUAGUUUUGCAGAAUAUCCGAGUUUUCUGCGAGCAGUGGUACGGGCCAUUCAGAAAUGGAGAACAGCUUGGUGGAUGCGCCAUAGGAGACUCAGCAUUUGCUUCUACAGCUGCCUUGAAAGCUUCUGAGGUUGUUGGUACAUGGCAGGGUCCUGUCUCUGUUGCCCGCCUAGAUGGCUCUCAGAUUUUGAUACAGAACAUUGCUCAAGAACUUUUGGCUGAUGAUGUGCAAAAGUCGACAAGAACUGAAUCAAACCUCAAGAUGCUUCCCAAGCAACUAUGGUGUUCCCUUAAAGAAAGUAAAGACAGUGGCGAUGCUUGCUGUGAAGUAGGAUGGCUUUUUGAUCACGGGCAUGCAAUUACAUCAAGAUGCAUCUUUUCAAGCGCUGCAAAAUUGAAGGAAAUAUCGAUUGCAAAUGAGACUCCUGCUUAAGAUGGUAAUCAACAGAUGACAGUUCAAGUAAGCUGAUGAGAAGAUCCUGAUUCCUUCAUUAGCCAUCACGUAGGCUUUAUACUACUUUCAAGGUGAAUUCGGAGAAAACAAGGUAUAAAUAUAUAAAAACUCACAUGUUGCAUGCAAUUAUUUUCAAGUUUAGUAACAAAAUCUUUUGGCAUCCAUCAUCCAUGAAACUUUGUUUGUGACGAACUGUUCCACUUGAUUAUAAGUACAUUUAUAGGAAAGAUUCCCUACUGUUAUCUUAAGUUAGUUUUCCUUUAGUAAAGGGCAAAGCUUCAUGAACUAUAAACAAAUCUGCAUAUUUUAUGACUUUCUUUCAUAUAGUAUAAUGAAUCACGAAGUUGAAUCCGUGUCGCAUAGGCAGCAUUCUCAGAAGCUGCAAUAAGAUGGGAGUUUGUUAGAUUUAGUUUCAUACAUAAACAUAAAACUAUGGUGUGCCUAUUAGUUUUGGACGAAUGGACAACUUGAUGGAAUUAGCAAUGGAGAAAAGUUACAAUAUUGUAAUGAAAUUUGAAGUAGAGGUAGAAGACGAUAGAGUAUCUAUACAAACAGAUAAAUAAUCCCCAAAU